AUGCAGCGCUGCCGUCUCUUAGCCGCCUCGUGGAAGACAAAGGUGGACCCCAAGAACCCUCGGCGUAUCGUGCAGCUGCCGAACCGAAUCCCCUGCAUGGUGCCAUUGGAGGCUGGCACGAAGUACUACUGGUGCUCGUGCGGGCUGAGCAAGAAGCAGCCCUUCUGCGACGGUGCCCACCGCGCGUACAAUGAGGAGCACAAGACGGACUUGAAGCCAAAGGAGUUUACGGUUGACACCUCCAAGAAGUACUUGUUGUGCCGCUGCAAGCACACGGACAACAGCCCGUAUUGCGACUUAUCGCACGUUGGUGUGCUCUUCCGGACGAUAGUGGGUAUCGAGAAGAUUCCGGGUGACAAGUAG